AUGGGCGCUACACGGAGGAAUGAGAAGCUGCGGCUGCAGCAGCUCCGGGCCCUGCGGGCGCCGUGGCUGCGGACCAGGAAGCUGAGGCGAGCGGGAGCCCGUCCUGCCCCCGCGCAAGCUCGCCGGUGGCACGCGUUCUGGAAGCGCUUCCUGCGGGCCCCGGGGGGUCUGCGGCAGCAGGUUGAGGGACGGGCGGCCCGCCUGUCCCGGCCCCAGGGCCCGCUGGCCCCGCUGACCCGCCCGCUGUCCCCGCCAGGAUCCCCGCCUGGCUCGUACACCUACUACGUGACGUACCACGUCAUGAAAAAGCCUCAUGGAAUGGUCAUGGCAAAUCCACGGAUAUUCCCAGGGGACAGGAUUUUAGAGACUGGAGAAAUCAUGCCACCCCUGAAAGAAGAUCCCCACAAGCACCACUGAUGGCUGGGAGCUGAUUUCCUCCUUCAGCAAACACAGCAGGAGCUGCACCUGCUUUCUCUGUUCUAUAAAAGAGUCUUUAUUCUGCA